AUGGGUUAUGGGCUGCCUGGGGCUUAUGUCAACGGGGUGAAUGGGACUGGGACUGGCUUUGGGACGGGAACGACCGCGGGGACGGGGACAGGAGUGUUCCGUUCACCUCCUCAACCGCCUGGUCGUUCUCAGACAACACAGUUCCCCUAUGCGCAGCACGUCUCCGUCUCCCACGUCUCAGCGUCACUCACCUCCCCUUCCCUUAGUUCCCCUUCUCUCAAUACCUGCAACACCAUGUCUCCCAGCUUCAGGUCGCCUACAUCUCCCAACCUCACAUCCCAAUCCCCAGCGUCCCCAACAUCUCCAACAUCACCUGUGAAACGCACACGCGCUCUGUGGGAACAGAUGGACGCCAGGCACCAGAAGGCUGUUGAGGCGCGCUUCGGGCUGAGGUCGCCUAGGCAAGGGCAGGGGCAAGGGCAGGGGCAGGGGGGGAGGGGGAGGGAGCUGGGUAUGCAGGGUAUGCAGGGUUUGGGACCGCAGACUCUGCCUCGGGCGUAUGACCCUCGGGCCCAACCUCAGACUCAGCUUCAGGCAUACGAGCAGCCCCAAUCCCAACCCCAACUUCGGCCUCAGCCCCAACCUCAGACGUAUGACCAGCCUCAGCCUCAACCUCUGCCUCAGGCGUAUGACAGGUCCCGGCAGAACGCUCAGAACGCUCAGAGCGCUCCGAUGCAGAUGCCUAUGUCGAUGCCUCCAGGGUCGUUCGACUCCUCUUCCUCCAACCUGUACAACCUUUCUAACCCCUCUCCUUCCAACCUCUCCAACCCCUCUCACCCCUCCAACCCUUCCCACCCCUCCCCCUUCAACCCCAACCUCUCCAACCCCGCUCCCCCGCCUCCCACAGGCAUUCCCCUCCCCCCUCCCAGGCCAAUAUCCAGCACUGGCCUGCAACUGGACCCUUCCGUGCUCCGGGCGCUGGGCACGCCGAAUGCCGGGGGGCCGCCUAGGGUGCCACCAAGGAGUGGAAGGACACCUUCACUUCCUCUUCUCCCGACUAGCUCUUUUUCCCAAAACGGGAACGGGGGAAUGCCUUUCCCCUCCCAUAGCGGGGGUGGGAACGUGCUGCCCCCCCAGCAGCAGCAGCAGCAGCAACAACAGGGCAGGAGACCCCUACCUGUGCCGCGGACUAGUAUUGGGGAGGAUAAGGAGAACCGCGCGCCGGAGGGGAUGCCUAUGCUUGGGAAGGGGAAGGACCUGGGAGGAGUGCCUCUGCCCGUGGUUGACCUGCGUGACGGGCGUGGGGUCACCCCGGCUGCGCCUGUUAUCGACGUACCGGCUGUGAAUGUCCCUGGUGUACCGGCUGUCAAGACGCCUUCCAUUAGCGUUGUCGACGUGCCUGAUAACAAAGCGCCCAAUGUCCCGGCAAUCAACGUACACUCUAUCAGUACCCCCGAGGUGCCUACAAUCAACGUGCCCUCUAUCAACGUUCCCCCAGACACCCCCUCGAUCAACCUUCCCGAGGAAGAGGACACGCACCUCCCCCCUGCACCGCAGAUCACCGUCACCUCCUCUCCGAGCAUCAACAUCACCUCCUUCACCGGGCCGGACACAUCCACAUCUACAUCCACAUCCUCGUCUUCCCUUUCCAGCUCGGGCUCCAGCACUGGCGUAGGAGGAGGAGGAGGGAGCAGGCAUCGUGCAGGUUUGUUCUGCGCCGGGUGUGGAGGAGGCAUCACGGGCCGUAUUGUUAGUGCAAUGGAUAAACGCUGGCAUCCGGCUUGUUUCAAAUGCGAGAAAUGUGGCGAGCUGUUGGAGCACGUGUCGAGCUUUGCGCACGAAGGCAAGGCCUAUUGUCAUCUCGACUACCACGAACACUUCGCCCCCCGCUGCUAUCACUGCGAGACGCCUAUCGCCGAUUCCCAGUUCAUAACACUCGACGACCCUUCCCUCCCCGGCGGCCCGCGAACGUAUCACGAGCUCCACUUCUUCUGCGCAGAAUGUGGGGACCCGUUCCUCGACCCGUCUAAAUCGUGUGGCGCCCCGCUUACGGGGACGGGGAACGCAAAGAAUGAGGAAGAGGACGAAGUGGGGUUCACCAUAUGGAAAGGGCAUCCGUAUUGUGAGAUGUGUCAUGUGAGACUGCAUUUGCCCAAAUGUAAGGGGUGUAAGAAGCCCAUUAGAGAGGCUGAGCCCGCUGUCGAGGUCAAGCGGGGUAAAUGGCACUGGAGCUGUUUUGUCUGCGAGACGUGCAAAAAGCCUUUUGCAGACGGCACGUUCUUCGAAAGACAAGACAAAGCCUUCUGUGACGGGUGCUACCGGAUCCUCCUCCGUAACGAGAUCUAA